AAGCGUCGUCUCACUUUUCUCCUCUAGGGUUUUGGCGCUACUCCAGUUCUCUGGUUUCCAACGAUUCAGAGCAAUGCCUCGGUAUUACUGUGAUUACUGCGACACUUACUUGACCCACGAUUCGCCUUCGGUUCGAAAGCAGCACAAUGCGGGUUACAAACACAAGGCGAAUGUGCGGCAGUACUAUCAGCAAUUUGAGGAGCAACAGACUCAGAGUUUGAUUGACCAGAGGAUCAAGGAACAUCUUGGACAAACGGCAGCUUAUGGGCAAGUUGGCGCGGCUUACAAUCAACAUCUAAUGGCUCGGCCUCGCCUGCCUAUUCUACCAACGCCUAUGAUGGGACAAAUGCCUGGAGGUCCACCAAUGGCCCCAGGAGGGAUUAGGCUUCCUGUUUUACCAAGACCAAUGGGUGCUCCAGGAGGAUACCAGCCCAUGAUGCAAAUGAUGGCUCCACCUGGAGCACCUGGGAUGCCUGGUCAGGUAAAUAUUCCCAUGAGGCCUCCCACUUUGAGUGCUCCACCGUCAGUUCCUGGCAGCGCACCACCCAAUGUUUCUAAUGGUGCUCCUUCUGUGGCUGCACCCCCGGUGUAUCAACCAAAUCCGGCAGCACCAACAAGUGGAGGCUAUGACAGUUUCAAUAUAAAUGCACAGCCUCCGGAAUCUAGUCAGUAAUGUAGUUCAACUGGUAUGUUGUAUUUCUACACUUGUGAAACUGAAUUAUCGUGGAACUAUGUACUGAAUCUUGAUUGUUAUGAGAGUAGAUUGGAAAUUAAUGAAGUAUGCUACAGACUAAAGAUCACCAUGUGUUAACAAAUAUAAGUACACAGUUAUGUAGUGUAUGUACGCUGUUGAGGAUUCAGUUUAAUGGAGUUUUCUUGUAUAGUU